UCAGUGUUUGGAUCCCAACCAAGCCUUUCCUCCUCCCUCAGUCUUAGGAUGACAACAUGUUCAUUAGUCCAAAAACCCUUUCUAUUUCCUACUGGUGACAUGGAAGAAAUCAUCAUCAAUAUUGAUUUUCUGAUCAGAAGAUAAUGGACUGAUCUUAGGGCUGGGUCAUGUGGCUGAAAACUCAGAAUCAGAAAUACUUUAAUAAUCCCCGAGAGGAAAUUAACAUUCUCAGCACAAUCCCAUUCAAGAGCGGACACACAUUACAGGGAGACAGAACGGGAUCAAACAUUACAGGGAGACAGAACGGGAUCAAACAUUACAGGGAGACAGAACGGGAUUGCUGACGGGUCUGCCAAUUUACGGCGCCCCUUACAAAAAUGGUGAGAAAUAGGGAGGAAAGGGGGGGUGGGUGAGAAAAAAAAAAAAUUCAGUCUAUGCCUGGGCCCCUGGAGCGGGGGUCCAGACUGAGGCCAAGGAAGAAAAAAAACAACCUCUUAGCCGUAUAGCACACAAGAGGGAAACAUCAAAGAACACAAAAGACAUUAAAAGAUCAGAGCUGAUGCAACCAACCAUUUCUGCAUACAGCCACAAAAGUAAAACAUUCAUCCAUCCAUUUUCUACCGCUUGUACCUUUUGGGGUGGCGGGGGGUGCUGGAGCCUAUCUCAGCUGCAUUCGGGCGGAAGGCGGGGUACACCCUGGACAAGUCGCCACCACAUAUAGACAGACAACAUUCAACAACAACAUAUACACUGUGGUGGCCUCUGCGGUGUUCCACGCCAUCGUCUGCUGGAAUGGGGGGAGUAUGACCAGAGACAGGAGCAGACCCAACAAAGCAACCAAGAGAGCCGACUCCACCCUCGGCUAUAUUGGUCAAUAUCAAUAAUUAUUGAUUUUUUUUUUUUUUUACAAAAAUAAGGCACAGAACAAUAUGUGAAAUGUAAACAUUUUUAUUUCAAAUGUAACCUUCCUCUAAUUGUUAAUGUCCCCUCGGGGAUUAUUCAAGUAUUUCUGAUUCUGAUUAUAAUCCUCUCAGCCAUCAAGGCUGAAAAGAAAGGAAAUGUCAACACAAGCAUUGAAAACACUUCAACAAAAUAGUAAAAUCACAUUUCAACACUUAAUACUUAACAAUAACCUCCUGUUUAUUUCAAUUUAGUUUUUUUCUUUAUUGCCUGUUGUGUAAUUUAUUUUAUUUUAUUAUUAUUUUUACCCCGUAUUUGUUCCCACUACCGCACCUUAAAUUGGAGUCCUUAAUCUCGUUAUAUGCAAAUAUAAUGACAAUAAAGUGCAUUCUAUUCUAUUGUAAAAUGGAUGCGCAACAUAAGGACCAUGUAAGAAAUGUUUGAUAAAAUGUAAGAAAAUAGUGCAAAGUGUGAAAAAGAGCUCAUUUCUACAGGUGUAGUGCCACAAAGUUGCAGCUGUGCUCUAAAGGGUGAGCGCGGCUAAGGUGGUGUGGUAUUACCGAGCGUCUUGCAUCAUUUACAGACCACAUUGGUCUGACUACGGUCCCUUUGAACGACAAGGCACUACAAGAAGCGCUGCCAGGGCCGCACCAGGAAGCACGUGGGCGACUUGUGUCUGCAAGCGGGCAUGUUGCAGGACGCCCUGGUCCACUACCACAUGGCGGUGGAGCUGCUGCGGGCCGUCAACGACUUCCUGUGGCUGGGCGCCGCCCUGGAGGGUCUGUGCUCCGCCUCCGUCAUCUUCCACUACCCCGCAGGCACGGCGGGCAAGACCGUCUUGCUGGCGCACAAGACCAGCGUCUCCCAGGCGGCAGAUGCCGGGAAGCGCCACAGACCAGGGGCUCAGGAGGUUCUCAUUGACCCAGGCGCCCUCACGGCCAACGGCAUCAGCGCCGACACCAGCGCCGAGAUUGGACGAGCAAAGAACUGCCUGAGCCCCGAGGAUAUCAUCGAGAAAUACAAAGAGGCCAUCUCAUAUUACGGAAAGUACAAGAACGCAGGCGUCAUCGAGCUGGAGGCCUGCGUGAAGGCCGUGCGAGUGCUGGCCAUUCAGAAGAGAGCCAGAGAGGCCUCGGAGUUCCUGCAGAAUGCUGUUUACAUCAACCUGGGACAGCUGUCCGAGGAGGAGAAGAUCCAGCGCUACAGCAUCUUGUCCGAGCUCUACCAGCUGAUCGGCUUUCGCCGCAAGUCGGCCUUCUUCAAGCGCGUGGCGGCCAUGCAGUGUGUGGCGCCCACUAUCCCUGAGCCUGGCUGGAGGGCCUGUUACAAGCUGCUGCUAGAGACGCUGCCUGGGUACAGUCUCUCCCUCGACCCCAAGGACUUCAGCAAAGGCACUCACCGAGGCUGGGCUGCCGUUCAAAUGCGUCUCCUGCACGAGCUGGUGUAUGCCUCCCGCCGCAUGGGCAACCCCGGCCUCUCCGUACGCCACCUGUCCUUCCUGCUGCAGACCAUGCUGGACUUCCUGUCCGAUCAAGAGAAGAAAGAAGUGACCCAGAGUCUGGAGAACUACACCUCCAAGUGCCCAGGUGGAAUGGAGGUCAUCACCUUACCUGAUGGCCUGAAGCUGCCCGCCGUGCCCUUUACCAAGCUCCCCAUUGUACGGUCAGUGAAGCUCCUCAACCUCCCCGUCAGCCUGCGUCCUCACAAGCUGAAAGGCCUGCUGAGUCCCAACGUGUCCACUGCCAGUCCCUUCAUCUACUCGCCCAUCGUCAUGCACAACAGAGGAGAGGAGCGCUGCAAGAAGAUCGACUUCCAGUGGGUUCAAGGAGAUGUUUGUGAGGUGCAGCUCAUGGUCUACAACCCCAUGCCUUAUGAGCUUCGAGUGGAGAAUGUGGGUUUAAUGACCUCCGGGGUGGAGUUUGAGUCCCUCCCCGCCGCCCUGUCGCUGCCCGCAGAGUCUGGGCUCUACCCCGUCACCCUGGUGGGCGUGCCAAGAACUGCUGGCAACAUCACCGUCAAUGGAUACCACACCUCAGUGUUUGGUGUGACCAGCGACUGCCUGCUGGAGGGUCUACCCGGCGUGAAAACAGACGGGUGCCUGCUGGAGGUGGUUCCUUCGCUUCCUCGUCUGCAGCUCAGUACGUCACUGCCACGGACGGCGCACACCCCCCCGCCCAUGUCCAAGGAGGAGCUGUCCAGCACAGUCUCUGUCCAGCUCUUCAACGGCGAGAGCCAGCAGAUGACCAUCACCUUGGAGAAUAUCGGCUCGGAGGAUAUCGAGAGCCUGGAGCUCAGCUCCAAGAUUGUUAGCACCAAAGAGAAAGUGUUUGGGGACUUCCUGCGCUGGAGUCUGGAGGACGCCUUCUCUCACAUGCCCCUCAAGCCCGGCCAAGCGGUCUCGCUGGUGGUGGACAUUCAUGUCAAACUGGACUUCUCGGGCCAGGAGAGUCUGUUGCAGGACCUCAACGACGAUGGAAUCAGUGUGACAGGCCUGCCAAUCUCCAGUCCUUUGCGCCAGGUCCUCAAGCCCAGGCCUGAAAGCAAGUCUGUCAGCGGCGAGUCGGGAAAGGGGGAGUACAGUCAUGUGAAGACCUUAGAGGCUGUCCUUAACUUCAAGUACUCAGGAGGCGCAGGCAAAGUGGAGGGCUACUACAGGGAGCUGUCUGUGGGGGUCCACGUGGAUGUGGAGCCCUCAGUGUUCUUCACCAGAGUCAGCACCCUCCCCGCUACCAGCACCCGUCAGUGUCACCUGCUGCUGGACAUCUUCAACCCCACCGAGCACGAGCUCACCGUCAGUGCCAAGAACAACCAGGACCUGGUUCUUCAUGCCAGCGAGUGCCAAAGGAUGGCCAUCCAGGUGGACAAGUUUGACUUUGAGAGCCUGCCCCUCCACGAGCACGAUCACGAGCACGAGCACGAGCACGAUCACGAUCACGAGCAUGAGCACGCCACUAACCCCAAGCAGCUGGAGGAGGAGCGGCAGCACGCUCGAGGCUGUCAGAUCAACAGCAAGCUGGGCAUCUGCUGGAGCAUCCCUUCCCUGCGGCGUGGCGGCGAGGCCAGCGUGGAGGGAGUCCUCAACCAGCUGGUCCUGGAGCACCUGCAGCUGGCGCCCCUGCAGUGGGACGUGCUGGUCAACGGGAAUCCGUGCGACUGCGACGUGAUGGCCGACUGUUGCGUGGGCGAGGCCGUGUCCUUGGAGAUCAAACUGACCAACCUGAGCAAGAACUCUGUGGGACCUCUGGCGCUGACCGUGGUGCCGUACCAGGACUACCAGAACGGGGUGCAGAACUACGACCUUGGCGAGGCCGUGACCUUCAUCGGCUCCAACACCUUCUACAUCGACACGGUGAAGCCCAGAGACAAGAAGGUGUGCACAGGUGCGCUGCUCUUCCUCUACACGGGACAUUUCUACCUCAACAUCAAGUUCCAGGACGACAGCGCCGGGCGGGAACUUCCUCUAGCGUGGUUCACUCUGCCCAGCGUCCACAUCAGAACUCUUCUACCUGCAGCUUAGACCUCACAUACUCACCUGCCAGUAACAUCUGGAUAAGACUACCGACUGCUGUCAGCAACAUCUGGAUAAGACUACCGACUGCUGUCAGUAACAUCUGGAUAAGACUACAGACUGCUGCCAGCAACAUCUGGAUAAGACUACCGACUGCUGUCAGCAACAUCUGGAUAAGACUACUGUAAGUAACUUAUGGAUAAGAAAUACUCCCCCAGACUGCUGUCAGUAACAUCUGGAGAAUAAAUACUCCCCUUGACUGCUGUAACAUCUGGAUAAUACUACUGUAAGUAACUUAUGGAUAAUAAACACUCUCCUAGACUGCUGUAA